AUCAAACAUCAUGAAAAGAAUAAGAUCCAACUACAAACUAUUUCAUGCACAUUGGGACACCCAUUUCAACCACAAUUUUAGGUAAAUUAUUCUACAAUAUUAGUGAAAAUGACAAAUCGGCUAAUUGUUUCUGUAAAGGAAGGAAAAGUUCGCGGGAUCAAAAGAACCUCUGAAUACUCUGGAGCUGAGUAUUAUUCGUUUUUUGGAGUGCCUUAUGGACAACCACCUGUCGGUUCAUUGCGAUUCAAAGAUCCUUCGGAAGUGAAACCAUGGAAAGAUAUUUACGAUGCUACGGUCGAAAAGCCAGGAUGCGCACAGUUUUCAUUAAAAUUGUAUCAAUUCACUGGAACGGAGGACUGCCUAUUUAAUAACAUACACACACCUGAAUUGCCAACCAAAUCCACCCCCUUGAGACCUGUGAUUGCCAUUAUUCAUCCUGGAGGAUACCUUCACGGUUCACCGAACGAAAAUGAAUACGGAAGUACUGCCUUUUUCAUUCAUCAUGACAUUGUCUACGUCGGUAUUGCACAUAGAUUACAUAUCUUUGGUUUCUUGAAUUUCGGAAUAGAAGAAUGUUCAGGAAAUCAAGGUUUAAAAGAUAUAAUACUGUCGCUUCGAUGGUUGAAAAAAAAUAUUAGUUGUUUUGGAGGUGAUCCAGAAAACAUUACAUUAAUAGGAGUUAGCUGUGGAGCCACAACCAUUCACGCGCUAAUGGUGUCACCAGUAAGCAAAGGUCUUUUUCACAAAGCAGUUAUCUUGGGAGCCCAUUUAUUCGAUCCAACCAUACCAUUUGAAAAUGCAAAUGAGCACGUCGCUUUUCAGCUAGCACGCUUUUUGGGCUACAAAGGAAAUCUGGAAGAUAAGAAAAAGUUAUUAUUAUUCUUCAAGAAAAUAAAUCCGAUGCAACUAGUUACGGGGCAGAGACAAUUCCUUGUAAAAGAAUAUCGUCAGGAUAUCGCUCCAAUACUCCCAAGCGGAUUAUUUAUACCAACCAUCGACCAUGGAGAAAACGCAGUACUGCCGGAAUUUCCUAGAAACUUGAUCCCUUCUACGUCACGAAUUCCAUUUAUGAUAGGGUAUGGAGAAAGAGAAUCAGCUUUGGGAUUUGCUAGAGGAGGAUCUCUUGAAAGCACCAAAAAAAAUUUCAAAACGACGAUUCGUCAAAAUGCUUGGGGAUGGGGACGCGACUUGACUGAUGAUGAUAUAGAAAAGAUAAACGAACAAGUGGAAUCUUUUUAUUUGGAGGGAAAGUCAAUAAAACAUGCAUCAUUAUCAAAAAUGAUUGACAUUCAAACUGGUGCUAUGAUAUCAGAUGUUUAUGAUACUUUAAUCAACGUCGUUAGCCCAGAGGCAUCCGUUUAUGCUUACAAAUUUCAAUUCGAAGGCGAUAUUAGGACAGUAAAAAACAGUUUCAUAAAUUUGUACGACGAGCGUCUACCAGGCACUUUCCAUGGUGACGACGCCUGCUACUGGAGUCGUAUGAGUGAUCCUUUAAGUAGUAGAAGUAAAGAAAUGGUGGAUACGUACACGAAAAUCAUCACGACGUUUGCUAGAAAUGGUGAUCCUAAUUUUGAAGAACUACAAGUUCAUUGGAGACCUACAAAACCAGAUUCGCCUUGUUAUUUGAAUAUAAAUAAUCAAAUACAGAUGAUCGAUAGUCGUUUGCAUGAUGAAAAACUGGUAUUUUGGGACAAAAUCAAGAAAGAAUUCGGAAACUCAGACGAUGCAAAAGUUUCGAAAAGUGUUUAAUCUUUAUUCAAGAAUCAAAUAACAUAAGAUCGCUCACCAGUUCAACUAUAAUAAAUAAUCCUAAAUCAUCAAGUUUUCAGUAUUUUUUUCGUUAUCUUCAACGUUCGACAAUGAGACUGAAUUAUUGCCCACAGUUCAAUUUUAAGCAACCCAUCAACUUACUUUGCCCAAUCUUCAUUUCAAACUUUGGU